UCCUUUUCUUUUUUUAGAUGACAGUAUAAGUACAUGUACUGGGAGUACUUCCGGGUUAAUGGCCAAUAGCAGCAAGCUAUAACUGGAUCACGUGUCUACCGAGCGGCCGCAAAAUCGUUGGACCAGACAAGCAGCUGGAAUCAGUGCGCCAUGGGCCGCUUGGAUGGGAAAGUGAUUGUGUUGUCAGCCGCUGCGCAGGGGAUUGGACGUGCUGCUGCAAUAGCCUUUGCAAAGGAGGGUGCUCAAGUCACAGCAACUGAUAUAAAUGAGGAGAAGCUCAAGGAACUGGAUGGGAUUCAAGGAAUUAAGACCAAGGUGGUGGAUGUGACUAAGAAAGACCAAGUGGAGGCCCUGGCCAAGGAACAUGAACACAUCGAUGUCCUGUUCAAUGUCGCAGGGUUUGUGCACCAUGGCUCCAUCUUGGACUGUGAAGAGGCCGACUGGGAUUUUACCAUGGAUGUGAACGUCCGGAGCAUGUACCUAAUGUCGAGAGCUUUCUUGCCAAAGAUGUUGGCGAAAAAGUCUGGAAACAUCAUAAACAUGGCUUCCGUUGCAUCAAGCAUAAAAGGUGUGGUCAACCGAUGUGUGUAUAGCACCUCCAAGGCGGCCGUGAUUGGCCUGACCAAAUCCAUAGCCGCCGAUUUCAUUGAGCAAGGCAUUCGCUGUAAUUGUGUUUGUCCUGGUACUGUUGACACUCCAUCCCUGAGGGGUCGGAUCCAAGCUCAACCUGACCCAGAAAAGGCUUAUAAGGAUUUCAUGGCACGGCAGAAAACAGGCAGGAUGUGCACAGCCGAAGAGGUGGCAUACCUGUGUGUCUACCUGGCCUCAGAUGAGUCGGCCUAUGUGACCGGCACAGAGCAAAUCAUCGAUGGAGGUUGGAGACUUUGAAGAGCAUUAAGCAAGCUGCUCUUAUAAUGAUGGGAUGCUUUGUGAAGAUUGGUGGAUUAACUAUGUUAUCCCGUUUUGAUUAUAAUGAUUGAUUCUGCGGGGAAAUAUUUGCACCUGUGCCUUGACAAAUGACUGAUGAAUAAACCCAAUUAAAACAACUAAA